AUGACCACCCCUACCAAGAUCUCAACUCCAUUCUUGGAAAAGAAAGCAAAGAUCAUAGCCCAGCUCGCGACGCCCGAUUCAGCUUACACAGACGCGUCGCCCAAGGGUUCCGUCGACGUCGGGAUCCGGGAGCUAAUUGCCGAGAUCAACUCGCAGGCCGGGCUCGUGACCACCAGCUCGUGCGCUGGGCGGGUCAGCGUUUUCCUCGAGGGGAAAAAGUCCCAGCAGCACCAGGCGCAGGAGGGAGGAGGAGGAGGAGGAGGUGGUGGUGGUAGUGAUGCGCAGCUUGCCGGGGCGGUUGGGGGCAAGGGAGGUGGUGGGAGGUGGCUGCAUGUGAGCCACGAGCCUUUAGGUGAUGAUGCAAGCGGGAGGGGUUGGGAGGAGGUGUUGUUUGGUGGUGACGGUGCUGAUGAUGUCGUCGCUGAUGACGGGACGGGAGGGGUGGAGGAGAGGCUUGUGCAUUUUAAGUUUGAACCCAUGAUACUCCACAUCCUAACCGCAUCACCAGAGCAUGCCCAGUCGGUUCUACGAUGCGGUCUGGAAGCCGGCUUCCGAGAGUCUGGAGCCAUCAAUCUACUCGGGCAGCAACAGCAACAGCAGCAUGCCACUCCCAUGGUAGCCAUCAGGUCAAUGGGCCUUGGACUAGAGUCCAUCGUCGGUACGCUGGCCGCAGGUAGGCUACAUAGCAUAGUUUCCCCAGAGUACCUAGCCAUGCUGGUCAGGAUAUCAAACGAGAGGUUCCGGCAGAACGCUGAACGGAUCGAGCGUUUUCGCCUGGCCCUGAAGGAGGAGUUUGGAGAUAAGAAGCAAACCGGAAAACCUGGUUGGGAAGACGCAGCUGCGAGGAGGGAGAGGAAGAAGGCUGAAGGGUUGAGAAGGAGGGACGAGGUUGCCAAGGAGAGGGAGCAGUCAGAAUCAGCAAAUGGAAACUCCGAUAUUGCAGAUGAGCAGCCAAUAAUAAUACCAUAACCACGAUACGCUUGCUUUCAAGAGGUCCCCCUCUCCAUAUGACUGAUCCAUUGGCAACCGGCACUGACUGCCUUUUUUUGUGGCAGCUACUCUUUUCUAGUUUUUUUUUUUCAUAGCUGGAC